AUCUCAUUCUUAGCUGGUUUUAAACAGUGGGCCAUGCAACUCUUCCUCCAUGGUUUUAUAUAUAUGAACCUUCCUUCACACUUUCCUCACCACACUCCUCAACUCACAAAACCUUUCAUCAAAACCCUUCUCGGAGAUCGAUCAGAUGGCGAAGACAGGGAAGCUGACGAAGCUCAAGUCGGCCAUAAAGAGAUGGCCCUCCUUUACCAAACUGGCUCGCACCACAAGCUCCAUAGCCGCCACAAACGACGAUUCGUCCUCCGACCAAUACGUCGACAACGACAGGGCAGUGGUCUCCAAGCAGCUUCACGCCGUCUACGUGGGGAAGUCGCGGCGCCGGUACAUGGUGAGCUCCGACGUGGUGGAGCACCCCAUAAUUCAAGAGCUGGUGGACAAGUCUUGUGAGGAAGAAGAAGGGGUUGUGGUGGUGACUUGCGAGGUCGUGCUUUUCGAGCACUUGCUGUGGAUGCUUGAGAACGCCGAGACUCAGUUGGGUUCCAUGGACGAGCUGGUUGAGUUCUACACUUGCUGACAAGAAUUUAAGGGGACGCUGAGCUAGCUAAUUGCAUGUAAAGAUUGGUAGGAGUAAUUAAUAUGUGUUUCUGUGUGCUUCUCUAUGUGUGUGUACGUCAUUUUCUGAACAGCGAGAAUUACUUGACCCAUUGCAUUUUGAAUUACUGCUAAUGCAGUGAUCGACCCAUGUUGAAAGAUCUUGAUCAUGAAUUGAUCAUGUACCAAAUUUCAUAUCAAUUCAAUUCUUCAUCAUUCAAACUA